AAAAUUAAAACCAAUCACAUUCUCAUACACUUCCUUCCCCAUCUUGUUUGGUAGGUAAAGCUGGUGUACUAAUACUAUUACCAAAUACUACCUACCUGUAGUAUUGUGCAAAUUGGUACAACCCCAUUGUGCAUUAGCUUCUUUGACACAGAUUUUGAUGAUGGGGAAGAUAGUGUGGGUGUUGUUGUUGGUUCAAGCAGUGCUUGCAAUAGAUGGUGUUAGUGUGGACAGGUUGAACAUAUGGCCAAUGCCACAUUCUGUGAGCCAUGGACGUGAAAAUCUGUUCUUGAGUAAGGAUUUUGAGCUCAACACUGAGGGGACCAAGUACAAUGAUGGUUCUGGGAUUUUGAAAGAUGGGUUUUCAAGGUUGCUGGAUAUGGUACGGGUGGCUCAUGUUGCAGAUGGCAAUUUUUCUAAGAUUCAUACUUCGUUUCUGCUUCAGGGUCUCCAUGUGGUUGUUUUGUCAGCAGAUGACCAGUUACAAUAUGGUAUUGAUGAGUCAUACAAGUUAUCAGUUCCUGCAUCUGGGAAGCCUGGUUAUGCUUAUCUUGAAGCACAUACAGUUUAUGGGGCUUUGCAUGGAUUUCAGACAUUCAGCCAAUUAUGCCUUUUUAACUUUACAACUAGGGUAAUUGAGGUUCCUAUGGUCCCAUGGACUGUUAUUGAUCAGCCAAGAUUCUCUUUUCGAGGGCUCUUAAUAGACACAUCUCGACACUAUCUGCCAUUGCCAGUGAUAAAGAAUGUUAUUGAUUCAAUGGCCUAUGCAAAGCUGAAUGUGUUGCACUGGCACAUUGUAGAUACACAGUCUUUCCCUUUGGAGAUACCUUCAUAUCCAAAACUGUGGGAUGGUGCAUAUUCAGUUUCAGAACGAUAUACAUUUGCUGAUGCUGCAGAAAUUGUGAGUUAUGCUCAAAGACGAGGGAUCAAUGUAUUGGGUGAAAUUGAUGUUCCUGGACAUGCUCGCUCAUGGGGGAUUGGCUAUCCUUCCCUGUGGCCGUCCAAGGAUUGUCCGGAGCCACUUGAUGUCAGCAACAAAUUCAGCUUUAAAGUAAUAGAUGGAAUUCUAUCAGAUUUCAGCAAAAUUUUCAAAUUCAAGUUUGUUCACUUGGGAGGUGACGAGGUUAAUACAAGUUGUUGGACACUGACUCCUCAUGUAAAAAAAUGGUUAACUAAGCAUCAUAUGAAUGAAUCUCAAGCAUAUCAGUACUUUGUAUUGCGGGCACAGAACAUAGCUUUGUCCCAUGGAUAUGAAAUUGUUAACUGGGAAGAGACUUUUAACAAUUUUGGCAAUAAAUUGAGCAGAAAGACUGUGGUGCACAACUGGCUUGGAGGUGGUGUUGCUGAAAAAGUGGUAGCAGCUGGGUUACGGUGCAUUGUAAGCAACCAGGACAAAUGGUAUUUGGAUCACUUAGAUGCCACAUGGCAGCAGUUCUAUAUGAAUGAACCACUCACAAAUAUCACAAAUCCCAAUCAACAGAAAUUAGUUCUUGGUGGUGAGGUAUGCAUGUGGGGUGAACACAUUGAUGGGUCGGACAUCGAACAAACCAUAUGGCCACGUGCUGCAGCAGCUGCAGAGCGAUUGUGGACACCUUAUGACAAGCUGGCCAAGGAUCCAAGGCAAGUUACUGGAAGGUUGGCACAUUUCAGGUGUUUAUUGAAUCAAAGAGGAGUUGCAGCUGCUCCUUUAGGUGGACCAGGCCGAGUUGCACCUGAAGAGCCAGGCUCGUGCUAUACUCAAUAGUAAGACAAGGACAUCUCCAAGUCUUAGAAUAAUGGAAGCACCUGAUAAAAUCAGGAAGUAUUUAAUGAUAAGGGUCCAUGAUUCAUUGUUAAGGCCAUGUCCUUAUGCUGUAAGUUUGUAACAAAGCCACAAGAAUGCGUCUUCAUUAAUGAAAAUUCUAUUGUUUCGACUUUCUAA